AUGCCUAUCGACAGCUCCACGUAUUGGACUGAUAGCACAUGCGUUCUACGCUAUCUAGAAAAUAAGGAAACAAGAUUUCAAACCUUUGUAGCAAAUCAAAUUUCAACCAUACUCGACCAAAGUGAAGCAAGUCAAUGGAGAUUCGUUGACGGAUCACUGAACCCGGCAGACGAGGCAUCAAGAGGUAUGACAGGUAGUGAACUUUUAAGUAAUCGUCGAUGGAAACAGGGGCCGGACUUUCUAAUGAAAUCCGAAAAUGAAUGGCCUCAGAGACCGAUAGACCUGGGUCAAAUACCAAACAAUGACCCAGAAGUGAAGUCAAAUUCCACCGUCUGUGCUAACAAUGUCAUUGGCCAAGACUCAAUUUCAAAGGUUAUAGAUCAUUACUCAAGUUGGAACUCAUUGAGAAAAACCAUUGCAUGGCUUUUACGUUACAAGUCAAAGCUUAGAGAAGCUGUUCGAAGGAGCAAGAGCGGAAUGCCUCUGCUGUCUGAGAAGACGGUCACUCCAAUAACUGUACUGGAGAUCAAUGGUGCGGAAUCCGCUAUUGUAAAACACAUACAGCAGCAAUGCUUUGGAAACGAUCAAGUCGAAUUGAGAAAAAAGACUAGCAGUAUAUACAAACUGGAUCCUAUUUUAGUGGAAGAAAUUGUACGUGUAGGAGGGCGUCUUCAUAACGCACCAAUUGACAUUGACACGAAACAUCAAAUCAUUUUGCCAAAAAAUCACCAUGUGGCGAAAUUGAUUAUCCAGUAUUACCAUCAUCAAUCUGGACACUCUGGUCUUGAACAUACGCUAUCGCUACUUAGACAGAAGUUUUGGCCUGUGCAAGGACGAACUACAGUGCGAACAGUCUUGAAUGAAUGUUUCAGUUGUAGGAGACGGCAGUCACCUGUAGCAAAACAGAAAAUGGCACAGUUUCCAGAAGACAGGGUAACACCAUUAAAGCCAACAUUUUCAUUUGUUGGCGUUGAUUGCUUUGGACCGUUUGAGGUUCGAAGAGGCAGAUCGACCGUUAAAAGAUAUGGUGUCCUCUUUACGUGUCUGACUAUACGAGCAGUGCACAUCGAAGUUUCUAACUCCUUGGAUACAGAAUCUUUCUUAAACGCCUUAAGGAGAUUCAUUGCUAGAAGAGGGCAACCGGAAGAGAUGAGAUCAGACAACGGAGGAAACUUUGUAAAGGGAGAGAAAGAGCUGAAAAAGGCUAUAAAUGAUUGGAAUCAAUCCCAAUUCACGAAUUUCUUUUGCAAAGAAAUAUCAAAUGGACAUUCAACCCACCUAUGGGAUCACACCAUGGUGGAGUGUGGGAACGGUGCAUAA